AACAGCAUUUAGUUGAAAACAGUAUGCAUUCCAAAAUUGUUUUGUCUUUCUUCGCUUUGAUGCUUGUUCAGGCAAUCUCUGGACAGUGCAUCAACAACCCAGGUUGGGGUCAACCAGCGUAUGGACAAGCUUGGGGACCUAUGGCUGCCCCAUGGAUGUCAGAAUCAUACAGCCCAGCAAUGCUAUCCGCAUCUAACGGCUGUGCUCUUUCCGUAUCCAGUUCUUCUCCCAUUGCCCCAGUUGGUGUUUCAAUGACCUCAGAAAACGCUAUUGAAGGACCUUUAGCUGUUGCUGGUCAAAUACCGUUCCUGGGAGCUGUCCAGGUUGAUGGAGCCCUCCCAACUGCUGGUGCUGGUGCAAUCUCCUACGGCUCUGGUAAUGGCCAGGCUGCAAUAUUAGCUGAGGAUAUUUCUGGAGGUUUUGGAGGUUAUGGAGCAGUUGCUCCAGGUUUCGCUGGCCCAUUCAGAGGUCAAUGUGGAGCGUACUAUUAAAAUCACAAUAAUUGUGACUUUACCUCGCAACUAGGUAUAAUAAUUACUAAACCAAACAAGGUGGUGAAUGACUGUGAGUCUUGUGAGACUCCAGCGCCUUACCACAUUUAGUCAAUUUUAUUUGUUUGAUUGUUUACCUCAAUGCAUUUGAAAAGUUCACCAAUAUAUGUUUUGUGGGUAAACUUUAGUUACAAAAUUCUCUAGUUUAACUCCCACGAAAACAUGUGAUUGUGUGAAUUUAGAAAAAUAUAGUACAAUUGUGUUUUGUUUUUAGUGUAAUAAAAAAAUUAAAAGUA